AUGGCUUACCAGUGGGUUGAAGAUGAUGGUGAUGUACCACCUGGAGUGAGUCGUGUGGGUCGCUCUGGUCCAGAAAGUGGAAGAAAGUACAUUAUGUACCAUGGAACAACCAGGCAGGCUGCUGGGUCCAUUUUGACCACAGGUUUUCGCCAGUCUUCAGACGGGAUGCUUGGACGUGGUGUCUACCUCAGCAGAGACCUGGAGAAAGCCAGACGCUAUCCCAUUGGCCACCCUGAGCACAACAAGGUCGUCAUCAAGGUUGUGGUCAACGUGGGGAGAGUGAUCGCCAUAAGGCAGCAAGGCCACCCACGUCAGAAGACCUGGCAUGACCCCACUUAUGGCCGGGUGUAUGACACCGCUUGGGUACCGCCCAACAGUGGAAUGGUGCCAAGCGGCCUGGAGGAAGACUGUGUCUGGGAUCCAAAUCGAAUCCACAUCAUCAAUGUAAUCUGCCCUCGCCUGACACCUUAUAGACCCCAAUCGGUCCAACAAGAUGGAUUGCUGAUGGUUGGUGCUGGAGUUGUUUUAGCUGCUGCAUUACUACUGCUAUUACUUUUAAAAUAG